GCCAUGUGGGUGUACCUGGUGGUCCUCGUGGGCCUGUACUACCUCCUGCGCUGGCAGCGGGAGAGGCAGGUGGUGAGCCACCUGAGGGACAAGUAUGUCUUCAUCACGGGCUGUGACUCGGGCUUCGGGAACCUGCUGGCCAGGCAGCUGGACCUGCGGGGCUUGAGGGUCCUGGCUGCAUGUCUGACGGAGCAGGGGGCCCAGCAGCUGAGGAAGCAGACGUCAGACAGGCUGGAGACGGUGCUCCUGGACGUGACCAAGACAGAGAGCGUCGCUGCGGCCAAGGAGUGGGUGAAGGAGCGUGUGGGGGACAGAGGACUCUGGGGCCUGGUGAACAAUGCUGGCAUCUCCGUAAUCUCUGCUCCCAAUGAGUGGCUGACCAAACAGGACUUCGUGAAGAUAUUGGAUGUGAACCUGUUGGGGAUGGUCGACGUGACCCUGCAGCUGCUGCCCCUCGUGAGGAAGACCAGCCGUGUGGUCAACGUCUCCAGUGUCAUGGGCCGGGUGUCCCUCUUUGGCGGCGGCUACUGCCUGUCCAAGUACGGUGUUGAGGCCUUCUCAGACUCCCUCAGGAGGGAGCUCUCCUACUUUGGGGUGAAGGUGGCUAUGAUUGAGCCCGGUUUCUUCAAGACCAAUGUAACCAAACCUGAGGCAAUUUCUCAGGGCUACAAGACAGCAUGGAAUCAGGCCAGCCCAGAGAUCAAGGAUCUCUAUGGGGACACAUUCCUGGCCUUAUGUGAGAAAGCAGUUUGCUCAAUGGAGACAAGUUGCAAUCAGGAUCUCUCCUUGGUGACUGACUGCAUGGAGCACGCCCUGACCUCCUGCCACCCCCGCACGCGAUACUCACCUGGCUGGGACGCCAAGCUCUUCUACCUCCCCAUGAGCUACUUGCCCACCUUCCUCGUGGAUCUCAUGAUAUACUAUGGUGCCCCUAGGCCUGCUAAGGCCCUGUAACCCAAACUGGGGUACAUGGUAGGGGGAGCUGGGUGUGUUAGGGAGGGGAGGCAUCCAUGGGAGGGAAAUAUAGUGGGGAGAGGGCUUCUCAUGUCACCAGGGACACCCAUCCCACCUCCUCCCCACAUCGUCCCCAGGCUUCUCUGGGGACAUGACUCAGGACUCUGGGGAUAUUAGGAUAAAGAAGCAAGUUUUGUGGUGAGGAGCUGGGACCAAUAGCUCAUGUCUGUGUCUUGUUUCUUACCAGCCUCUCAGGGCCCUGGACCUUAGGCCUUCCUGCCACUCUGAACAAUCCACACUUUGGGGAGGGCGUGAGCAGCUGGGAGGACAUCAGCCCCCACCCUCUGUCCCAGUCUGCCUCUUCUGGGUGUGCCCUGGCCCUGGCCGUCUCUCCCUCCUGUGAGCUAGAAAUGGACAUGGACGUGAAGGCCCAUCUCCCCUGAAGGUUCCUGUGGGCAGGGGUGAGGGUGGAGAGUGGCCACCAGCCUGACACAGCAGCCUGGGUGCCAGCUCAGGAGACCUUGGCUGGAAGGCGGUGUUCUCAGUGGGGGUCCUGAGAGAGGACACAGAAACCAGGUUUUGUUUUGUCUUGAAACCAUGCGUUUCCAUGGAUUAAAUUUUCCUUAAAAUAAACAUUGACAGUUGACCCAG